UACUAACGGAAUAAAAAUUAGCUCUUAGAAAAAGAAAAAAAUUGCAGGAGCUACUGAUCAUUCUACCAGAGGCACUUGACCUUCUCUUUAAUCUUUGCCUCACACAUAUUUGACUUCGACUGGAAAACCGUCCCAUCCCGAUUCUAGCCAGAAUCUCAUGUCCCUCGGUAAGCUUUGAACUGAUAAGGAGUCAUGAGCCGCAAGGAGUUGAAGCAGUCAGCUACUAGUACUGUUGGAAGUACAAUUGAUUCGAUCAUCAACAUUGUAAAUAAACUACACUCAGCUAUUCAACUUCAAGAUACUAGUGAUGAAGGAGUAAAAAGAGAACAUACUCAAGAGCAUGUGUUACCUUCCUCUAGGAGCAUCAAUGUUGAGAUUCGAGGGGAAGAAGAAACCUUGGUGGAGACGACGCAGCAAAACAGUUUGGAAAGAAGCAAAAGCGCGCCUCCUCAGAUUCCCCCGCCUGACGAUCUUGUGAAUCCGAUUCGUAAGCUACAGAUUUCUCUUCGUCGCUUAAAGCGUAAAGUAAAAUACAUGAGGAGACUUCAGUUAGAAGUGGAUGAGCAGCUGGAUAUGCUUGACGAUGAGGUUAGAAAAGUGGAACCCUCUGAUAAGAGUUUAACCAGUAAAGACUUGACAGAUAUCACCGCCAAGGUUUUGAACUUGAUAAGGAAGGUACCUAUGUCUUCUGAGAGGCAGAAACAGAAGAAAGCAGCAAUAGUUGAUCAAGAAGGCGACAAGAGUAAAAAACGCAUUGUCUGCUUGCCCGGGAUCCAUGCAAACGAACAAGGUCUCAAAAGACUCGCGGUUUUCAGAGACGUAAAACGAAAAUUCGAGGGUCUUAAAGAUGAUGAACAGAGGAUCUGCCUGCUGAGCUUCGCUGUGUUCCCGGAGAAUAAAGAGGUUGAUAGAAAGAUGCUGAUGUACUGGUGGAUGGGGGAAGGGAUGCUGCCUGUUUUAAAUGCCGAAGUUAAAGUGAAGGAGAUUCUUGAUGUUUUCAAGAAGGAAAACUUGAUUGAACCAGUUGAAAACAAACGCAAACUGGAGCCAAGUAGCUAUAAGAUGACCCCUUUUGUGCAUGCUUCAGUGGUUCUUAUCUCCAAGAAGAUAGGGCUUUUUGAUAUGUAUGAUGAAAAGGAGAAGCCAAACAUGCAGAAAUCAGACUUGAACAAGGUCUGCCUUGUGGAAGGGUCAUCACUCCAAGAAGAAGCAAAAAGCAGAACCAAAAUGAAUCCAGAAAACAUCGAAACAGUGUUCAAUGUUUCCGAGAGGUUCCCUGAAUUCACGCGCAAGUGGUUUACACGUAUGAAGAAGCUCAGAGUUCUUUAUCUUGGUAGGUGGGAGAGAAUCGACCCGGAGAUUGAUAUGGACAAGUGGGAGAGAACCGACCAAGAGAUUGAAAUGGAUAGCCGUAGAGUUAUGAAAGAUUUGAGUUCCUUGACGAGGUUAAGGUUUUUGAGUUUUCAAGGCAUCUCAACCAUUAAAAGCCUUAGCCGUUCAGCUUGCAAGCUCAACAAGCUGAUCAUCUUGGACCUCAGGCAUUGCUAUAACAUGGAGCAGCUUCCUGAUGACAUACAUAAGCUCAAGAAUCUAGUCUACUUGGAUUUGACUGGCUGUGAGGCCUUAGAGAGCAUUCCCGUUGGAUUGUCUAGGCUAGAAAAUCUAGAGGUCCUCAAGGGCUUUGUGCUCGGUGAUGUUGAUACAGCAAAAACCUGUAAACUGGCUGCUCUGAAGCGUUUAGCGAAUCUGAGAAAGCUUAGUGUUACCGUACACCGAGAGGCUUAUACUUUAGAUAAGUUGAUUGAUGAUAUAAAAGAAUUCAAAGUACUUGAAAACCUGAACGUGCGGUGGGGAAGCAAAGUUAUCCUAAAGAAGAAGCAUUUAAACAAAGAUGAGACAGAAGAGCAGGAGGAGUAUGAGCGAAGUUGGCGUGAUAUUAAGCAACUUCCUAGACAGUUAAGGAAGCUGGACCUGCAGCGUUUUCCUGAUAGGGAACUUCCAGAGUGGCUUUGGCCUCAGAACCUUCUUUACCUGGAAAAGCUCCGCCUCGGAAGCUCGAAACGACUCAAAGGAUUCGGUGUUUUACCUGCAGGAGAGCCAACAAAAUGUGGUGUUGAGGUUUUACGUCUCACGUCCCUUAUAAAGCUAAAAGUGGAAUGGAGAGAGCUGAAUAAACUUUUCCCAAAUCUGAGAUUGUUGGAGAGCUAUGAGUGUCCCAGAGUAACAUUCUGCCCCUGUGAUCGAAACGGAAUCUGGAGAUCUGAGAAGAUCGAUGAGUCAAAGACAACUCUUUAGGAUCUGAAUAUCUGACGUCCAAGACUCUCAUAUUGAUUCUUGUUAUAAGAAGACUUGUUACUCUCUGCGUGAUUUUGUUGGUUUCCCAUUUUCAUAUGUUUUGGUUUGCAUAUUGCUCAAAAUUAGUUGCUUUUGAUUAAAAUGAUUGGUUUGUUCAUGUUAGAUUUGUGGGUCCUUUCAGCGUCUGCAUGUCUAUAGUAUGGGAAAAGAACAAGUACUGUUUAGUUUUUAAAGUUUUUGAGUUUACUUUGAUU